AUGUCCUCCUUGGCCGUCAACGUUGCUGCAACUGGUACUCGCCAACGACCUCCGGAGUCUCUCAAAUACUACCAGAGCACCGUUUCCAUGCUGCGUCAGCGCUUGGCCAAUGAUGUGCAAAGAUCCAGUGACGCUGUCAUCAUAACAUUGAGCAACUUGUGUGGCUUUGAGGCAAUGUCAGGAAACUACGAUGCUGUUGAUAUGCAUACCCAAGGUAUCAAACAAGUUGUGAGCCUCAGAGGGGGCUUUGAAAAUUUAGGCUUUGAAGGAUUUCUCAGAACAAUAUCAGUUGCUUGGCAGACAUUCUAUGCAACUCGUCACGCAGUCUGGUCCCGUGUCCAGAGCCUUGUCCCUAAGGACGGCAAGUUCACCUACCCAGAGCAUCCCUUCGAUCCGGAACUAUGCACUGCCAUCGCCAGAUUUAGUCCAGGACUUACCGAUUUGGCACUGUCUGGAGGGCUGAGUCAUCAAGUCAUUGUACUCGUAUCCGAUAUCAAUAGUUGGGAACGAGACAUCAAGAAUUCCUUGCAGGCGAGCGACGUUUACGAAUUACAUGAACUCUCGCAGAAUUCACAAUACGUCACCCUGUGUGGUGAAUUCUUACAUCAGCCAACACUAACGCUAAUCGAGCAGCUGCUCGUCCUCGGAAUGUUGGGCUUCUGUUAUUCCACCGACCACACUCGCGCCAUGUUCUGGCUGUCGAAUGCGUUUCUGCAACUCCACUGUCGCUAUCUGAACUCCGUUGUAAUCGAGGUAACGGAAAGGAAUGCGGAGUUCAUGACCUGGGUCGGUACUGUGCUUGCAGCGACGUUUGAUCCCGGCUCGCAACCUUGGAUUCUAGCCCUUACACUAUUGAAAGCACGAGCGAGUCCACAAGACUGGCAGGGCAAUGUCAAGAUUUCCGAAGGAUUCUUCUGGAACGAAUCAAUGUCGCUAAGACUUGCUUCGAGGAUUAGAUAUUUGAGACAAAAAGACCCACAAGGCCAGGGGUAA